GAAGAUACAGACACUUGUGUCGGCAAAAGGCACCUGUGAACACGGGAGACUGUAGUUUACGGCCAAUGUCUUUAAGUCUUAGGGUAAAACAAAACGAAAAGAAUGUGCCGUUUUCCUCUUCGAAUCCUCUUUCUAACGUUGAUUAUUGGCGUGAUUCUUAGCUUCGUCAUAUUCUCUGACGUCGAUGUUCAGCCGUUUAAAAUGUCUGCUUUGAGAUACGUGAAUGAAGCAGAGUUUAUCAACACUUAUGCAUUUUUCGAUAGUUUCGACAAUGCAACCGGUGUCAAUGAUUUCAUCGUGCCCAAUAUCAUCCAUUUUAUCCGAUUCCGAAAUUUUGAGCUGGGCUUUGUCGAUUACGUGGUACUCAAAGCCGCGAUGCGCAAUCACCGACCGGACAAAUUCUAUUACCACACGGAUGUCAAAGACGCUAAAUGCGAAGGAAAGUAUUGGGAAUGGGUGAAAAAAGACCAAGAAUUGUGGUCUCGAAUCGAAGUCAAGUACCUCGAAUUGCCAACGGAAAUCUUUGGACAAAAACUGAGUGACGGAUGGGGUUUAUUCCACGGCAGUGACAUAUCGCGUUUACGUAUUUUGAAAAAGUACGGAGGCAUCUAUUUGGAUAAUGAUUGCUUCGUUAUCCAAUCAUUAGACAAGUAUCGCAAAUUUGAAUGCGUCGUCAACUGGGACGAAAAUCAAUUUCUUGGCAAUCAAGUCAUCAUUGCAAACAAGAACGCUCGCAUUCUGCCUCUAUGGCUAGACACUUAUAAAGAGUAUCAUUCGGACUUGUGGUAUUACAACGGUGGAGAGCGACCCACAGUGGAAAUUUUGUAUCGUCACCCAGAGUUGAUUCACCGUGUCAAAGGUAAUUUCGGAGCAGACACGGGUGUAUCAGUCAGCGUCUAUAAGAAUCCACAAAUGGACUGGCGUCGUUUAGACAUCAUCCAUUUGCUCAUGGGGCAUCGCUCGUACAUGGAUCCCAAUUUCAACAAGACGCCCAUAUUCGAUGAAAACACCAUUCGCACCUAUCCAUAUCCUUUCGGAGAAAUGGCCCGGGAAGUUCUUGAUCUGCCCCACCCCUGAAAAUCCCGUCCAAAUAGCUGAAACGGGACAAAUCUAAACGUGUUAUCGAGACGUGUACAUUUUUUUCUUAUUCACUACCAAUUUCCAAAGGGAAGGGUGACUUAAAUGAAACAGAUUAUUCGAUUUUCUUGAACUCCACCUUUUUUUUCUUUGUCCACUUGUUUUACCUUACCCAUCCCCUUGCACCUGUACAGUCAAUUGUUUUUUAAAAAAAUCAGUUGAUGUUUCAUUGUCUCGACAGUUCUUGGGUAGGUGUGCGAGGUCACUGAGAUUGCCCCACCUAAAAUGUUGUGCUUUUAUUGAAUGUGCAAAUUUUUUAAUUUCUCUUCUUCAAGUAGUAUUUCUUUCUUUGUCUGGUUUCGUGCAGUGUUUUCCAGCUACAUCUAGUUUUAAAAAUUAGUACAAUUGCAUAAAAUGUCGAUGUAUUCAAUUGAAGUGUCUGGCUGGAAGCUAAUAAAAUGUGAACUGUUUGCACUAGA